AUUUUGUCGGUGCAUGUUUCCUUGAUAAAGCACCUGUUCUCUCUAAUAGCGAGGGGUAGCCCCCAUUUCCCCCAUCACCUCAAUAAUGGAGCUGAGACGCUUGUGGUGCCCUCAUCAAUGGGCUUUGUGGUUGUUAUUCGUCUCAUACUCCUGCGCGUUCUACAUACCUGGCUAUUCAGUCAAACGUUAUACUGAUGACGAGUCCAUCCCCCUUCUUGUGAACAAAAUCUUUUCCGACCAUACGCAGCUUCAGUACGCCUACUAUGACCUGCCUUUCGUCUGCCCCCCAAGUGGGAAAACGCAUGGCGGCUCACCCUUCGGCUCGGGGCAUAGCGUUUCGCUUAACUUGGGAGAAAUUCUACGUGGCGAUCGGAUAAUGACGUCUGACUUUGAACUGCAGAUGGGAAAGAAUGUAGAGUGUCAAGCCCUCUGCACGGCGGAAGUAGGGCGCAAAGACGUCAAGUGGGCUCGUCAGCUUAUCAACGAAGGCUAUGUCGCAGAAUGGAUCGUGGACAACUUGCCUGGAGCGACUAGCUUUGUCACCGUCGACCGUAGUCGCAAGUACUACGCAACCGGGUUCAAGCUUGGAUCGCGGGACCUCUCACCUAUAGACGGCAAACCACAUUACUAUAUCAAUAACCAUUACACCAUCGUGAUCCGCUGGCGGUCGGCACCUGAAGGUGGCAAGUUAAUUGUUGGUUUCGAGAUUUAUCCGAAGAGUAUUCGCACCGAGGACCAUGUUGAGAACGGCUGCCCCAAACAAGUACAUGAGCACCACGACGGUCUGGAGCUAUACAUCCCUCCAAACACAGCAAAGCUCCGUGAGAUGUAUCCUGGCUCUUCAUAUAUUCCGGAAGACGACGGGGUUGAUGACGGAACUACACUGAAGAUUCCGUAUACAUACUCCAUCUAUUUCAAGGAGGACAACAGCAUUGACUGGUCCAGUCGAUGGGACCUCUAUUUUAGCAACCAAGACGAUAGCUCUAUGACGCACUGGUUUGCGAUUCUCAAUUCCUUGACUAUAUCUAGCGUUCUUGGGGUGGCUGUAUAUGUCAUCUGGGGACGAACAGUCCAAGGAGAUAUCAAGGGUCGAGGAGACGGGGCAAUGGAUGAAGCUAAACUGAAGGCUCGAAGCGCAGCCAAAGCAAAGACUCAUGAAAGAAAAGGAGACGGCAUCUUGGACCAAGGAUCGGAUCUUGAGCGGGAUGCAGAUUUGUCAUCCGACGACGAGGGUCUCGAAGAUGUCAGCGGUUGGAAACUCCUGCAUGGUGACGUUUUCCGAGUGCCGGAGUACAGCGGCCUACUUGCACCACUUGUUGGCUCUGGUAUGCAACUAUUGUUUAUGGCCUCGGGACUUCUUCUGCUCAGUUGCCUGGGUAUCUUAAACCCUAGCUUCCGUGGCGGAUUCGUUAGUGUUGGAAUGGGUUUGUUUGUAUUUGCAGGCCUCUUCUCCGGCUACUUCUCCGCAAGGUUGUACAAAACAUUUGGCGGCGCCAAUUGGAGAAAGAACACGUUAAUUACCGCUCUCUUCAUUCCUGGCCUGACCUUUUGCCUCAUAUUCAUCCUGAAUCUCUUCGUUUGGGCACAGGCGUCCAGCACGGCAAUCCCGUUUGGCACCUUGAUCGGUCUUCUUGCACUUUGGUUGCUGAUUCAGGUUCCUUUGGUUUAUAUUGGUAGCUGGUACGGUUAUGUACGAACGACGCCGUGGGAGCAUCCAACCAAGACCACGUCAAUCGCUCGACAAAUCCCGCCGCAACCCUGGUACCUGCACAACACUUACGGACCCGCUCUGACAGGGCUGGCACCGUUUGCUGUUUUAUUCAUUGAGCUUCUGUUCGUGUUUAAGAAUUUGUGGCAGGACAAGAGUGGCUACUACUACGUGUUUGGCUUUUUGAGCGCCGUUUCGACUAUCCUAAUGGUCACGGUGAGUCAAGUGACCAUCAUCGCAACCUACAGUCAGCUUUGCUCCGAGAACUACCACUGGUGGUGGCAGAGCUUCCUGACCGGCGGAAGCAGUGCAUUCUGGGUCUUUGCCUACUGCAUUUGGUACUACUUCUUCCACCUUCAUAUCACUGGCUUCGUAUCUAGUCUGCUCUUUUUCAGCUACAGCUUCCUGGCAUGUGCAGUAUACGGCUUGUUAACGGGGACCGUUGGGUUCUUGACGGCCUACGCGUUUGUCCGACGGAUUUACAGCGGCGUCAAAGUUGAUUGAUCAAUUUCAGGAACGCAUAUUUGACAUCCACGUCAUCCUUCUACCCAGACGGGCUUAUGUGAAACGGCAACUGGUACCAGCAUUCCCUAUUUAUUUCCUUUGCCGCUUUUUGGCACAUUCUUAAGAUAUCCACCUUCCCACUCCAUGUGCAAUAAGCUACCGUGCUAUUAUUGACUUGUAAUGUCAUUUGGCCCGUGGCCGUUAUGUACUUUAUAUAUACAUAUAUAUUCCGUUUAUUAGCGAAUUCAAUCAAUAUUCCUCAGUC